UUUGAUUAUCAUAAUGGAUUGCCUGUUUUCACAUCUUGACUAUCCUUUGUUUGCAAUGUUUUGUGCAGAUGUUUGACGACCAAGACUUGGGUUUCUUCACCAACUUCAUGGGCAUCUUCAUAUUCGUGUUGGUCAUCGCGUACCACUUUGUGAUGGCAGACCCGAAGUACGAGAACUGAUCUCCUUUUGUUUAGCAAUGAGACCGCAUUAUACUGAUUGCAAAUAGGGA